UUUUUAAAAAUGGAAAACAAAGCAAAGCUUCCAUUAACUGGAAUUUCUCCAAAUACUUUAAACAACACAAAAAUAAGUUCAUCAACUCCGGCAAAACCAAAGCAAAAUGCUAAGGAACGAAUGCGAAGGCUUAAAACUAUUUGUAUACGAGGACAAGAGCCUUUGUCUAUUAAGAGGGAAAUUAAAACUGAAAGAAAUUGUGAGAUAAGAAGAAGAAAGGUUCAACAUAUAGACACUUCACUCGGAAAAAGAUUUGCCUGUUCAACAUUUGGAGGAGUUUAUGAACGUUUGUCUCAAUGGAUGCGUGAAGGAACUCGAAUAAUUAUUAAAUUGAGAGCUUUUGCCCCAGGAAGAGCACAACAAAGAGGGCCAAAUCGAAUGUUACAGGGUUCUAUAGUUGCGUUUGAUAAACAUUGGAAUUUGGUGCUGAGAGAUGUAGAUGAGGCAUAUUUUCCUUCUUUAAGGCUUGGAAAGGUCCAAGCAAUGCCUGGAGCUAUGCCCAAAUCAAUUCGCUAUGAAAUUGAAGGCAAUGCGAGGAAAGGACGCCCAACUCUUAUUAGGCAUUUAAAAUGUUCUUUUAUAACGGGUUCUUCAAUUGUGAUGAUACAUGAAGGGUAA